UAGUUCCCAUCCACAACUGCUUUGUAGUUCUAUUGAAGUAAAAAUACAUUUAAAAAAAUAAACAUGACGAUAGAUUGUUCAAGUACUGGUAUCCAAGGAUGGCUUCAACGUUGUCGAGAAUCCCGUAAGCUAGUUUUAGUGGUGGUAGCAAUAGCAUUACUAUUAGAUAAUAUGCUUCUAACAACUGUAGUACCCAUUAUUCCUGAAUUCUUAUACGAUAUCGACCAUCCUAAUGCAACGCUACAUGAUGCACUUACAAGAACCACAACACCGCAAACAAUACCUGGCACAACUUUUCCAACAAUUAAUCCAUGUUUAGCAUGGAUACGCAAUCAAACAAAUCAAACCGAAUUCAGUAGAUUAGAAUAUUUAUUGUCCCCGGCAAUUACAACCACAGAAUUAACACCUUUUGGUUCUGAAAAUGGUACUACAACAACUCAAAGCCCACAACAAAUUGAAGAUAUGCAACGUCAUAAAGACUUAAUACAAGAAACUGUGGCUGUGGGAAUGAUGUUUGCAUCCAAAGCUUUUGUUCAACUUUUAACAAAUCCUAUUGUUGGACCUUUAACGCACAAGAUUGGAUACAGUAUUCCAAUGUUUUGUGGAUUUAUUAUCAUGUUUUUGUCCACCUUAAUAUUUGCAUUUGGAAGAAGUUACAGUGUCUUAUUUUUGGCAAGAGCGUUGCAAGGCAUUGGAUCAUCAUGUUCAAGUGUAUCAGGAAUGGGUAUGCUUGCAGAACGAUAUCCUGAUGAUAAAGAGCGUGGUAAUGCCAUGGGUUUCGCACUAGGUGGUUUGGCUCUUGGUGUGCUAAUUGGGCCGCCAUUUGGAGGUGUUAUGUAUGAAUUUGUUGGAAAAACAGCACCCUUUUUAAUAUUAUCAGCUCUAGCGCUAGGAGAUGGACUCUUGCAAUUGUUAAUGUUACAACCGUCAGUGGUGCGGCAAGAAUCAGAUCCACCAUCAUUAAAAGCUCUAAUUAUGGAUCCAUAUAUUUUAAUUGCUGCAGGAGCAAUUACAUUUGCAAAUACGGGUAUUGCAAUGUUAGAACCAUCAUUACCUAUUUGGAUGAUGGAUACAAUGGGCGCAGAACGUUGGAAGCAAGGUGUUACAUUUUUACCAGCGAGUAUAUCAUAUUUAAUUGGAACAAAUUUAUUUGGUCCAUUAGGACAUCGUAUGGGCCGAUGGUUAGCUGCACUUUUAGGAUUACUAAUUAUUGGAGUAUGUUUGAUGUGUAUUCCAUUAGCUACGAGGAUUGAUCAUCUUAUUAUUCCUAAUGCUGGAUUAGGUUUUGCAAUUGGUAUGGUUGACAGUUCUAUGAUGCCAGAACUUGGAUAUUUAGUUGAUAUACGACAUUCAGCUGUUUAUGGAAGUGUAUAUGCCAUAGGCGAUGUUGCUUUUUGUUUGGGAUUUGCUAUUGGACCUGCCAUGAGUGGAACAUUAGUUAAAACUAUAGGCUUUGAAUGGAUGUUAUUUGGAAUUGCUAUAUUAAAUUUCCUUUAUGCCCCAUUAUUGUAUUGUUUACGAGCUCCUCCAACAAAGGAAGAGAAAAAGUCACUUAUUGUUGGCGAGAAAGCUUCAUCAGUUAGAUAUGUUACAUACCAAAAUGAAGAAGAUGAUGAAUAAGAAAAUAUUUAAUAUAUUCUUUAGAUAAAAAUAAC